GAGACUAUGACCACCAUUGCGGCAUCGCCCCACCCCGCUCUCCAGUAGUAGAUACGGUCUCUGCAUUCCCGUGGCGAAUUGUGGAUACGCGAGACGUGCCCGAAUAUGGCUGCGAGCAUUCUGUCCCACGUUGUCUCCGACCUCUGCAUCGGCAAGCCGGCGGUGCGUGUGCUUCCGUCGUCGACUCCCAUCGCGGCGGCCCUCGCCACGCUCCGCGCCGGUGCCGACCCAUUCAUCUUCGUGGACGCUGCACCCCCCGACGUGAAGAAGACGGCCGCGUUGUCCGUCGUCGUCAAGGUCAGUGUCGCGGAGAUCCUGUGCUACGUCUGCGGCGACACUGUCAACCUCGGCGACCCCGCGGCCGCGCUCCGCCGGCCCGUGUCCGUGCUCACCGCCGUGGUUGGUGACCACGGCGUCACUCGCCGCGUGGAUCCACAGACGAGCUUGCUCGACGCCAUCGACGUGCUGCUGGCCAACAACUCGCACAGCCUGGUCGUCCCGCUCCACGCCCGGACCCGAAAAAAGCAUCACCACGUGUCGUCCAUCUCCGCCGGCUACUGCGUGCUGACGCAGCAAGACAUCGUCCGGCACCUCUUCGGCUCCAUCUCCCUCUUCUCCCCGGUCGCCGCGCUUUCCGUGUCCUCCCUCGGCAUCGUACGCCGUGACGACGUGCACGCCGUCCACGUCGACGACGACGCGCUCGACGCCAUCCCUCUCCUGCGGAGAUCCAUCGGGCAAGGCACCGCCGUGGCCGUCGUCGCGGACGACGACGCGCUCAUCGGAGAGAUCUGCCCGGGCGUGCUCGGCUCGUGCGACGACGUCGAGUCCGUGUCUGCCGCCUUCGCCGCGCUCUCCGCCGGCGACGCCAUGACGUACAUCGACUGCUACUUCUCGCCGCCCGAGUUCCUGCUCCGCUCCAUCAGAGCCGAACUCACGGACAAAGGGCUUCAUGCCAUGUGCGACCUCAUGGAUGCCGCCUACGCUACGGACGCCGCAGCUCUGUCCUCGUCAUCAACGUCAUCUGACGAGGAGUGUUUGCCAUUGGCGCCUGCCAGGCGCGCGAGGAAGAUGUCGUCGGGAAGCUUCCGGUGGCGGUCGACGGAGGACGUGGCGGCGUGUCAUGCUGAGAGUUCGCUGGUCGCCGUCAUGGCCCAAGCGCUCGCGCACCGAGUCGGGCAUGUUUGGGUCGUCGAUGAGGUCAGCGGCGCUCUAGUCGGAGUCGUCAGCUGCGCCGAUGUGCUUGCUGUGCUCCGGGACCAUCUCCGUCCAGAGUGUUAUGCAGAUGAUUUGUGAUCGAUCACUAUAGCCUGCAGAUGCGUAAGCAUAGCUAGAGCUCGGCGAUUUCCCGUCGUGCCACCCUGCUGCCACUGUUGGAGACCUGCUGCUGUUUUUUUGUUGUUGACAAUUUUGGUGUUUUGAUCCUUUUGAUAAAAUUCAGCCAUAUCUGAUCCUAGUGUGUAAAAAUUUCAAGAUGUGAUCCUUUUUCUAUCAUCGGGGUCCAUGAUGAUAGGGUAUAACAACCUAUCGCCAAGGUUCUUGGCGGUAGGGUUGCACGCCUAUCGCCGGACCCCCAGACGGUAGGGUUGCACAUGCUACCGCCAGCCGCUGCAGUGG